AUGGCCUCCAAUCCCGACCCGUCCGAGUCGUCCCCGCUGCUGCCCUCCAAGACCCCCGCGAAGCCGCAGCGCAGCGUCACCUUCAAUCCAAAUGUUUCCACCAGCAGUCCCUCCAAUCCGCCUCCGCUGCGCCCCUCCACCCACCUGCCCAUCUCGCCCGUCACCAAGAAGCAGAAUGGCGGCCAGCCCAUGCUCUCCGCGCUGAACAGCAAGCUACGCCGCCGAAACAGCCAAGGCGCCCCUUUGACCCCCUCCGCUCUUGCCGCGCCCAAGAUCGGCCCGCAGAGAACGACGAGGAACGUGCAGAAACUGAAGCUUCUGCCCAACCCCGAGCAAGCCGAGGUCGAGAUCGACGACGAGAGCGGCCGCGAUGUAUACGCCCAGCUCACGAGGAUCAAGGAGCCCACCGCUCGUCGCGACGCUGCUCGUCUGGGAAAGGCCGAUCGCGAGCGGCUGCCGAGGGUCACGGCAUACUGCACUGCCAGCUCCUACCAAAUGGAUGCUCUUAUGAGGUACCUCAAAGGCAAGGCCAAGACCAAGGGUGCCGCACCCAAGCUCUUUGACGAGUGUGUCUACACACCCUACGACUACAAUCUCGGGAAGAAGGCGGUCGAGCAGGAUGCUGGCCAGGGGCCCGAGAGACAAACCGGCCUGCCCGAACGGAGACAUUCGGACAGUGCCGUCGAGAUUGACGGCAAUACCGAACAGCGGCGCGUCGACCUGAUUGACUUGCAAACCGACGGUGAUGCCGGAAGCUCUAUCCAGCCGGACCCUGAAGAUGUGGUUGAUUCGCCAAGUUCCCGACGAGACUCGAUAGACUUCGAUACCCAUGUGCACACUCCAGAGGUGUUUUUGUUCAACUACGGCACGGUCGUCAUCUGGGGAAUGAACUUACUGCAAGAACAACGCUUUCUGAGGGAGAUUGCCAAGUUCGAAAACGAAAAGCUCGCGAAAGACGAUGUUCAGACCGAGGAUUUCAACUUCUACUACACGCACGAGUACCAGGCUAGGAUAUACAACGACUUCAUCAGCCUGCGCGACAAGAAAAAUUACAUGACCAAACUUGCCAUCAGUCACGCACUGGCCCAGAGCGUCAAGACUUCUCUCUACGAGGAUUUGGUUGACAACACCAUCGAAACCACGAAAGACAUUCCCUCUCAGAUUGCAACGACUGGCAAGGUCAAUCUUUCCCGGCGCGAGAUCAACAUGCAAAUUGGAGAGCUCUUCAUCUUGAGAAUCAACAUCCAUCUCCAGGGCUCGGUCCUUGACUCGCCUGAGCUCAUGUGGGCCGAGCCACAACUCGAGCCCAUUUACCAAGCCGUGCGCUCCUACUUGGAAAUGGACCAGCGUGUCAGCCUGCUGACGGAGCGUCUCGAUGUCAUCGCGGACCUUCUCGCGGUGCUGAAGGAUCAGCUCACGGUGACGCACUCGGAACUGUUGGAGUGGGUCGUCAUCGUUCUGAUUGCUGCCGAGAUUUUGGUGGCCGCGGUCAACAUCGUGGUAGAUCUCUAUGCGGGUGUCGAUUGA